AUGCUAUUUGUCGGAAUGUUAAAGCCUCAGCAUUUCAAGGUGUGUAUGCUGACUGCAGUAGCAGUUGCUCUACUUAUGAUUGCAGUAUCGAUGGUCUUGCUCAAUAGCAAUAUGUACUUGCCAACGUCUUCAGACACAUUGGCAUUACAACCUGCAACAGUCAACAGAACACACUCUGACCAACAUGUUAAACCUCGCAUAGUUGCAUCUCUAUCCACUUUCCCAGGACGCAUGGAGCAAGUUCGGCUUUCGCUUGGAUCACUCUUUGCACAGUCCCUUUCUCUAGAUGCCAUUUACAUUCAUAUUCCAGAUAAAAUUGAAAGAUUCAACCUCACUAUUGACGAAGUCGAGCUGAGCAAGAACAUUGAGGAGUUGAAGGUCAAGUUUGGUAGCAAGUUGCAUAUUCUACGAGGCAAGGACUACGGUCCAGCCACAAAGCUUCUUGGAACACUCAAGAUUGAGCGUGAGCCAGAUACGCUGAUUGUGACUGUGGAUGACGAUACCGAGUAUCACAAUGAUACAAUGAGCGAACUGUAUCGUGGUUACAGAGAGCAUCCAACUCAUUUUAUUGCAGUAGCGUGCGAGGAACUGGUUGGUUUUUUGAAGAACAGUUGGAGUUAUAUAACUGACGACAGGGAAUGCAAGGGAUGGGCAUGUGCAUACAAAGGCAUCAUGUAUCGUGUAGGCAUGUUUGAUGACAGCAUCUUUGACUUGACAGGUGUGCCGCAUGGAUGUGUAGUCCAUGACGAUGUUUUUCUAUCUGGAUUUCUGUAUCGCAAAGGGUUCAGACCAUAUCAUCUGCAACUCCCAUUUGAUUCUGUAAAGGAGCAUCACUGGCGACCCAAAUUCACUGUUGGAUCUACUCCUAAUGUCAAGGAAUUGCAAAAGGAAUGCAUCAAGUACUUCAACUUUUUUCAAUAA